AUGAGCGAUGAUUUACAGAUAGUACUGUCCUCCAAGAAACACACAAAUAAAUCUUUUUUCUACAAGCUAAUGCAUAACUUUUUGGGUAAUGGACUAAUUACCAGUAGUGGAGAUAAAUGGCAUGCUCAUCGCAAACUGAUCCAACCAAUGUUCCAUCUGCACAUUUUAGAAAAAUUUAUAGGUACAUUUGCAGAUGCGUCACAGGUUUUAUGUGAGACUUUAGACAUCACCGAUUGUAAUGAAAUUAAUAUAGCAAAAUUUGUUAACAAUUGUGUAAUGGAUAUAUUAAAUGAAGCCGUUCUUGGUGUACCAGUUAAAAAGAAGGGUUUAGUAGAUAUGGAACAGUCACCGUUUAGACAAGGUAAAGUGGUGAUACCACAGCGUUUUGUGCAACCUUGGUUGUUAUUGGACAGCAUUUAUCACAUGACCAAACUUGCCUCAGAAGAACUUGAUCAGAAGCAACGACUAAAUGAUUUUACACGUCAAAUGAUUAAACGUCGUAGAGAAAUGUUUUUAAAGGACAACAAUACAAACAAUAACAACAACAACAGUAACGAGCGUAAAUGCCUUCUUGAUUAUAUGAUUGAAAUCGCUGAUACUAAUCCUGAUUUUACUGAAGAAGAUAUCGUAAACGAAGCCUGUACAUUUAUGCUGGCCGGUCAAGAUAGUGUUGGAGCAGCAGUAGCAUUUACUAUAUUUCUGCUUGCCCAAAACCCUGAUUGCCAACAAAAAUGCUGUGAAGAAAUUGAUCAAAUAUUUGCUGAUGAUAACAAACGAUCACCAACUAUGAGUGACUUACGUGAAAUGCGUUAUUUAGAAAUGUGCAUUAAAGAAGCACUAAGAUUGUAUCCAAGUGUUCCCCUAAUAGCUCGCAAACUGGGAGAAGAAGUACGUCUGGGAAAAUAUACAUUACCAGCUGGUAGUAAUAUUUUUAUAUGUCCUUAUGCUACACAUCGUUUACCGCACUUUUAUCCGGAUCCAGAAAAAUUUGAUCCAACAAGAUUUGCCCCAGAAAACAAUGAAAAUAGGCAUCCAUACGCCUUCAUACCUUUUAGCGCUGGCCCUCGUUAUUGUAUUGGCAAUCGAUUUGCAAUUAUGGAAAUGAAGACAGUUGUCUCCCGGUUAUUGCGUAGCUAUCAGAUAUUUCCAGUUCCGGGAAAAACAACAUUUGAAGCUACAUUUCGUAUUACAUUACGUGCAUCGGGUGGAUUAUGGGUUAAAUUGAAACCACGAGAAAGACCAAUUAAGUGA